UUUGGUUCACUAAUUCGAUUCACUAUUUCUCGUGAUUCACAAAAUUAUAGUUGCGCGGUUCACUUCAAUCCCUAGAGAAUAAUGUUGCUGGCAUUGAUUCAUUAUACGUCAAGUACGUGGUUAAAUAAAUCUUGAUAUAAUUGUUUUUUUUUUAUUUUUAAGUUUUCGGUCAGAAUUUAGUUGGUGUAGAUUUGUAGGUUAUUGGUAGGAUGUCUGAAUACGACCAAGUGGCAAAAGGUCCUCUCAAGCUCAAAUGUGACUCGGGAAUAAAAAAGAAGAAAAAGAAGAAGGAUAAGCAGAAACUUUUGGAGCAAGUAACCAAAGUAUCAAAAGUUCCCAACGAAGAUGACAAACCUCAAACAAACGAAGUAGAAAAAACUAAAGCAGAAAUGGCAUUCCAGAAAAUGCAAGAAAAAAUGCAACGAGAACGAAUAAUGCAGAAAGCUUCCAUGACUCACAAGCAAAGAGUAGAGGAAUUCAACCGACAUCUUGAUAGUCUUACUGAACAUUUUGAUAUUCCAAAAGUCAGUUGGACAAAGUAAAGAACACAUGUACGCAAAAAAUUGCUUUAAAUGUGAAUUGGUUUCUAAGAUUUAAGAAUUUGGUAGCAUUUGUAAUUGUGCUGUUGCAAUGUUUUACAUACCUACAUUAUUUGUCACACUCAUGAAGUACUUGUAUACUGACUAAUCAUAACAAAAUUAAAUCAUUUUUGUUGGACAUAGAUGGUGACUUAAUUUAAGAAUGAUUUUAACCAGUGCAUAUAAUAAAUAUUGUGAAUAGAAAUGAUAAUUGAUGUACACACUGAUGCUUUAGUGUAACUUCUAUUUAAGUGGAUGAAGAUGGAUUUUUGUAGUGGAGAUCGAAUUUAGAUUUUUUGAUUCACCGGGGCACUUUGUGUCCAUGCGCAUGUGGAGUGUCAUACUUGGAUUGUAAAUAAAUUAUAUUUAAAACACAUGGCAUUUCAAUAUUUGGAAAACAGGAAAAAUAAAAUAAGGAUAAAGAAUAUAUCUUGGAUAAUACCUCAAGACCAGGUGCUGCAACUAAGAAUACUGGAUGACAGGAACAGGCCUGUAGCGUAAAGUUCAUGAUGACGGUGAUGAUGGAUACAUUUGUACAAGAUUUGUAUGAAUUUAGGAAGCUGAAGAGAUAUCUGUGAUACAGAAAUAGGAUUUGUUAACAUCUAGAGAAAAAUUAUUUGUAUUGGAGUUUAAAAACUUGUAGUGUGAACAUUCUUCUUUUAAAAAUCAGUUGACUUGAUUUUAAUACUUAAAUAGUGCAGAAAUUUCAGUUUACAAAUUACAUAAACUAUUUUGGGUAAAGGAAAAAAUGGAAAGUUGUGCUUCGUGUAUUCAGUGCAAUGAAAGAACUUCAAAGAAAUAUACUAUAUUUCAUUGGGAAAAUACAAAAAUACAAGUAAAGAGAAUCAAAUUUACAAGCAGCAUUACCAAAAUCCUCAAAAUAAAACAAUAGUAUCAAAUAUCCUUACAACAAUGUUGGAAUGAUAAAGCACUGCUUUAACUUCAUUGUACCUUGUUUUACAUUAACAAAAUAUUCAUCUUUCAAAUACACAAAUUUAGUUCAAGUUUUGAAGGCUGUUCAUCAUUGCUUUUCUUUGUUAGUCAAUAAUUGGACGGACUAAGAUUACUCCUUAACUUCACAGUACUAAUACAAUAAAAUUCAUUACAUGGAUGUGAGUAUUGUCUACUUCUGACUUGUCAUACACUUUUUAACUCUAAAAAUAAAUUUUAUAGACAUUUUAACAAAAAGCACUCUUUAAAAAUCUUCUAAAAUGUUUACUAUUAAGAUAUGUAUAGUGCUACAGGAACCUCUUGAGUCAUUGUUACUUCUGCUGGCAACAUAG